UCCAGAAUAGUGCAUUCGUUUGUGAUUUGUUUACUGCAUAAGAAAAUGGACUCUUGGAAAGAUAAUGAAGAAAUUAAACUAUUUCAGGAAUAUUUAAGAAUUCCUAGUGUUCACCCGAACGUGGAUUACGAACCAUGCAUCAAAUUUCUAAUCAAACAAGCUGAAUCUUUGCAAUUGCCAUAUAAAAUUCAUCAUGUUGGUGGCAAUUUAAAAACUCCCCUAUUUAUUGCCUCCUGGAUAGGUGCUAAUCCAGAAUUGCCAACGAUAUUAGUAAAUUCUCACAUGGAUGUAGUACCCGUUUUCGUAGACAAAUGGACCCAUUCUCCAUUUGGAGCUGACAUCGAUGUCGAGGGUAGAAUUUUUGCCAGAGGUUCUCAGGAUUGUAAAUGUAUUGGCAUGCAAUAUUUUGCAGCUAUACGUUCACUAAAGAAAUCAAACAUUCAAAUUAAACGUACUCUCCAUGUAAUGUUUGUACCAGAUGAGGAGAUUGGUGGAGAAUAUGGCAUGCAAACAUUUAGUAAAACCAAAGAUUUUCGUGAUUUGAAUGUAGGAUUUGCUUUGGAUGAAGGUUCGGCCACAGAUGAUGAGAAAUUUGUAGCACACUAUGCGGAGAGGAGUAUAUGGCAAAUUAAUUUUAUAUUUAAUGGAUCUGCUGGUCAUGGAUCGUUGUUUUUAAAAAAUACAGCAGGUGAAAAACUUGUACACUUUUUAAAUAAAGUUGCAACUUUUCGAUCGGCAGAGGUCAAACGUAUGGAAGCCGAUCCCACAUUAAAAAUGGGUGAUGUGACUAGCAUUAACCUGACUAUAAUCAAAGGGGGCGUACAGUCGAAUGUUGUACCUUCGCAAUUGGAAGCGUGUUUUGAUAUGCGCAUUGCUGUUGAUGAGGAUCUCAAGAAAUUCGAAAAACUGUUGCAAAAAUGGUGCUGUGAAGCAGGUGGUGAUAUAGAAUGGGAAUGGAUUUUUAGAUGUGAUACGGCUCCACCUACAAAAGUUGAUCAAACCAAUCCAUAUUGGUGUGGCAUGCAAAAAGUGUUCAAUAAAAUGAAUCUAGUUUUGGAAGCUCAUGUUUUCACGGGUGGCACUGAUAGUCAGUUUUUGCGUGAUAUUGGUAUACCUUCCCUUGGCUUCUCUCCCAUGAACAAUACUCCAACAUUGAUGCAUGAUCACGAUGAAUAUCUGAAGGCGGAUGUUUACUUGCAUGGCAUAGAAAUUUAUAAGGAAAUUCUUAAGGAGUUAUUAAAUAUGUAAAUUUUGAUAAACUUAAAAUAUUAUUUGA